AUGUUCCAAGAUUGGUUGCCAAAAGCAAACAAUUGGCUGCCAUCAGUCGGAGAUGACAGUGAAGCAAAAGAUUGGCUGCCACCUGUCGGAGACGUGGGAGAUGACGGUGAGGCUUCCGACAGCAUGGAUAUUAUUGAUAUGCCCAUGAGCUCUCAGGAUGCUUUGUUUGGCUUUGGCAUGUAUACGAUUCCGGACAAUGUGUUGUUAGAAGCUCACAUGAGGAAGAAACGUAGAAGACGAAAAGCAAAAUGGGUACACGAUCGUGUCAAUUGGAACGAGCAUAAGGCAGCAAAGAUUUACAAAAACGAGUUCAAAGCCUACAAUCGCAUGUCAGAAAAAGCUUUUAAUGUAUUGGUCGAACUCCUACGUCCCAGCCUUACAAUGAGCGACACACAUGCGAUGUCCUCUACAGGGGCACACAAUGCAAUAUCCCCAGAAGUGAUCGUCUCGAUUGGCCUCAGGUUCAUGUCUGGAGAACCAGCCAAGUCGCUUGCUGAUGUUUUUGUAAUAAGCAGGCCUUCAGCAACAAGAGUCAUUGAUAUGUUCCUUCAUGCUGUAGAGGCAUGCAAAGAACUUGAAUUACGCCUUCCAUCAACCGAAGAAGAACUUAAGAAGGCAAUGGAAGAAUGGAAUGACUUAUCAACCGGUACUGGGGCUUUAUGGGGUUUUAUUGGUGCCAUUGAUGGAUGGUUGGCAUGCACUGACAAGCCAAGCAAAGGGCAAGAUCUUGACGGUAACCAAGCAGAUUAUUUCAGCGGUCACUACCACCGCCACCGCCACGGUCUGAAUAUCCAAGCAAUUUGCGACGCGAAACUUCGAUUCAUUUACUUCACUGUGGCUGCUCCAGGAUCGACUGGCGAUGCCAGAGCAUUCAAACGUUGUGAAGAGCUUUUGCAGUGGAUCACAGAUUUGCCGAAGGAAUGUUUUAUUGGGGGCGACAAUGCUUAUCCGCUUUCCGAUAGUCUAGUUGUCCCCUUCAGCGGUGCAGACAGAUUUGACGAAGACAAAAGAACCCUCAACUUCUUUCUGUCACAGCUUCGUAUUCGAAUCGAAAUGGCCUUUGGUCGCUUGACAACAAAAUGGCGUAUCUUUUGCAGCAAUCUAAACUUCUCCCUGGAAAAGAAUAUCCGUAUUUGCAACGUCGCUUCACGCCUUCACAAUUUUGUGAUUGACCAGCAAGAAAUUGAAGAUCUAGGAAGUCUAGAAGGGACAGAGACCACGGAUCAACUUAGAACCAUGGGUGGAAUUGAACAAUUUUCAGAUCCUCGGUCUCCCGACAAUCUUGGUUUUCUACCCAACCACGAACAUCCAGAACAACUUGCAGAAAGGCCUCCUCAGAAAAAUCAACAGGAUGAAGGAAUGGACGACUUAAUGGAUGGAGCGAUGGAUGACUUAAUGGAGGAUGAAACAUCAGUCAUCUACACCAAUUUAAGCAGGCGCGAUUCUAUUUUGGAUUAUAUCCAGGAUUUGGAACUAGAACGUCCAGAUAAAAAUCGGUCAAGAAACGACAAUUAA